UAAAACGACUAGAUAGUGUAGCCCAUCGCAAUAUUUCGCAUUUCGACGUUGGUGAAAAUGUUUCUCUUCUAAGAUUUUAUUUUUUUCCCAAAAAGUGUUUGGUUGUUAAAGAUUUUGUAAAAUAGCACACUGCGAAGUGUUUAAUCUAGGAUAUUUUAUUUUGUGUGCAAUAAUUUUUUAUAACGCUGAUUUCUUUUAUAAUAUACUAUUUGUUAAAGUUUAAAGAGCCGGACUCUGUAGAUUGUUCAUGUGCGUGUUCAUUUUAUACUUUUAAAACAUCAUGUUUGCGACAGUUAUUGCCUUCAUCAGUCUUGCCUCCGCUGCAACAGUAACAGCUCAGGACAGGCCACAGUUUCACAAAGAGUUGACUUCGGAAGAACGGAAGCACUAUUUUGGUACAGAACUGAUAACUGAAGUGCCACAUUAUGAAUAUACGACACCCCAGUUAAUUGACAGACGACGUAAAAGACGUUCUGGUGCAGCAGAUGACACUCUAGAAUAUGUCAUAGAAGCGUUUGGUGAUGCUACCCAUUUAAUUCUGGAGAAAAAUAAAGAUCUUAUUUCACCAGGUUGUAUUGUUCAACAUUUGAAGCAGAAUGAGACACGAGAUGUAUAUCCUUGCGCGACGGAUGAAAUUAAUUGUUUCUAUACAGGCAGGAGCAGUAACCAUAGCAACGCAUGGGUGGCCGCAUCAGUUUGUGGUGGAUUUCAAGCGGUGAUUGGCCUUCCAGAGAAGACACUUGUUGUACAACCGAUAAAAGAACGUCAUAAGUCACGUGCUAGGCGGGACACACUACUGGCAGAUCCUCAUAUAGCAUAUCUGUACCAGACACACGACUCUUCAUGCUCCGUAGAAGCAGAUGAAGGUAGUGCAGCAACUUACUCCCGUAAGCGUAGAAGUACCGGGAAGAAAUACGUGGAGACAACGGUUGUUGUGGACCCAACAUCGUACAGGUUUCAUGGAAGUGAAACUGAAAAAAUGGUGAAAACAGUCAUGAAUAUUGCGGCGCAAAGAUUCCUGGAUCCCAGCUUGCAGUCUCAGCUGUACUUUACUUUAACCAAGAUUAUGAUUCUGGAACACAACGAGGCUGGACUAAAUAUUGAACCGGACUCUGGGCUUACCCUCGAUAGUUUUUGUGAUUGGCAGUCUGGAUGGAACCCGACAGACGACUCAAACCCUCAACAUGCAGACUAUGUGGCACUUAUUACUAAGGUGGAUCUUGUACACAGAGGAAACACAGCGAAUACUGGUUUAGCGAGAAAAGGCAUGUGUGGUGCUAAAACCCGUUGUUCUGUCAACGAAGACUCCGGACUGGGAACAGGCAUUACACUGGCGCACGAAACCGGUCACGUACUAGGGAUGAGUCAUGACUCGGAUGGAAAUUCCUGUCUUAAUGGUAAGAAUAUCAUGUCAAGCAUGGCUCCUAGUGGACCGGAUGCUCUCCAGUGGUCAAGCUGCAGUGCAGGUGUACUCAAGUCAUUUCUAAGUUCCUCAGAAUCUAAUUGUUUGAACGACGCUCCGCCGUCAAGUGCAGAGAAGUUAUAUUCAGCCACCAGCAAACCGGGUUCCAUAUAUACAGUAAACAAACAGUGUAAGCUAAUGCUCGGGAAGGACGCAGAGGUUUGUGAAGGCGUACACUCUGAUGGACAGGACGUAUGUGGAGCUAUAGUAUGCCGACCUAGACAUGAUACAGGCGUUAACGGGUGUGUUAUCUACUCCACCCCAAGGAUGGAUGGGACUGACUGUGGCAACAGAAAGUGGUGUAUUGGUGGACGUUGUGUAGCAAUGGGACCUGGCUCUCCUGGGCCGGUCAAUGGCGGAUGGUCAGAGUGGGAGUCAACUUUCAGUGAAUGUUCAAGGUCAUGUGGAGGAGGGGUCAAAGUCAAACAGCGAUUCUGCAAUAACCCAGAACCAAUGUACGGAGGACGCCAAUGUUCAGGGCCAUCAUCUAGGGCUGAGGUGUGUAACAUGCAGGAAUGCACCGCCUCUCAGUAUGACUUCCAAGCACAACAGUGUGCCGCCACCGACGGAAAUUCGAUAGGAGGAAAACGUUAUCACUGGAUUCCGAACACAGAUUCUAUAGGUGACGACGGCUGCAAGAUAAAUUGCCAGGCUGACGGAACAAACUAUUUCGCAAAGAGGGGUAUCAGUAAAGACGGCACACAGUGUACCAAAGACUCCCCUGCCCCUUUUACAAAAUGUGUGAAAGGAAGUUGUAAGGCUUUCGGAUGCGAUGGUCACAUGGAUUCUGGUCACGUGUAUGAUCAAUGUGGUUUGUGCAAUGGUAAAGGAAACACGUGCAAAAAGGUAUCAGGGACAUUCCAAGGUGGUAAAGCUAAAGUGUUUACAACAUUUGUAAAAAUCCCCAAAGGAAGUACUGGUAUUACAAUCACUCAAGGAAACAUGUAUUGCUAUCUUAGUAUUGUUGUAAGUGGGAAGCAUCUGUUCACAGAGACCACGCCCCAUUUGUCUGGUACAUACAACAGGGGAGGGGUUGUCAUAAAGUACCAGUCCAAACCAGAACGUAUUGAAAUUAUUGGUCCAAUUAAUACUGAUAUUGAAGCUCAGGUAUACCGCAAGUAUGGACCGCCGUAUGUAGGAGUUGAUCCCGAUGUGUAUUACGAGUACCAUAUACCAACCACAGCGCAGACUGUAAGUUAUCUUUGGAAGACGAAGACUGGUCAUUGCAGUAAGACCUGUGGAACAGGUGAACAAUCUCCAAUCAUUACCUGUGAAAGCAGUGUGUCAGGUACAGUAGACGACUUCAACUGUAAUAUCCAUGAUAAGCCUGCAGAAGUGAAACACCCUUGCAACACACAUGCCUGUCCACCAAGAUGGAGAGCUACUCAGUGGGCUAGAUGCAGCAAGUCGUGUGGAGGUGGACAACAUGACAGGUCUGUGGACUGUGUGGAGGAAAACAAUAAUGUGGAAAAGGUGCUGUCUGCCGGUAGAUGUCAUGGACAAAGUAAACCAGUGGCCUCUUCAACAUGCAACACUGAUGCUUGCCCAGGGGUAUGGAAAACAGGGGCGUGGUCUGCAUGUUCAGAUACCUGUGGUCAAGGUUUAAAGACAAGAACAGUGAAAUGUUACGGCAGUGCAAGCUCGAACACUCCUGUGUCUGACUCGGUCUGUCUGGCAGGAGAUAAACCAUCGAGCCAGGACUACUGCGUGGUUAAACCGUGUCGCACAGAUAUAAGUGGGUCUAAGUGCAAAGAUAAGGUGGACAAUUGCUUUGGUUCCUAUGGUGACGCAGUUUGCACGGGCUCGUACAAAUCAUGGGCACGAGAUAAUUGUAUGAAGUCUUGUGGUGUCUGCGCUGUAAAUCCAAGUGAUUUCGACCCUAACUGCAAAGACGAAGUAGACAACUGUAACCAGUACACGACAGGUUUCUGUACCAGUGGAGCGUACGUUUCGUGGGCGAAAUCACAUUGCAAGAAAUUUUGUGGAUACUGCGGAGGAGAAGCCGUUACAACAAAAGCGCCUGCAGUGUCCGCCGCUGAUUGUCUCGAUACGGAUAACUGUGCGGCACAUGGAAAAAGUGUUUGUACUGAAUACGCAUCUUGGUCAAAGACCCAUUGUAAAAAGUUCUGCAAUCUCUGUGAACUUUCGGCAAACUCAGGUUGCAUAGACCAGGAAGAUAACUGUGCAGCGUAUGGAAGUGGUAUGUGUACAAGCUACAAACCAUGGGCAAAAUCUCACUGUCAGAAUUUCUGCGGACUAUGUAACAGCAGGAAAAAGCGCGAGGCUGAUGGAUCUGGACCACCACCGCUGAUUGAAGGUGCCAUUCUGAAACCCGUGGUUCACGAGGAAGACAUGUUAACAAAUGAAUUGCUGGCAGUAGAGAAUGGUGGUAUUUAUGAUGACGAUGAUGAUUACGUCAUUUCCGGCUUAAAUGAAGAGGAAAACAAAAUACCACAUCUACCAUUAUGUAGUACUGUUCGAACCGAAGUCAGUGGUCAACUGGAUAUUCUUGGAAAGUUGUUACCAGGUUUUCUGUGUGAACAGGUUAUAGCUUUACCUUUAGACAGUCGUGUACUUCUGAAGUUCACUGACUUUAAUGUGGACUGCGACAUGGGUGAUGAGUUGACGGUUGUUGAUGUUGUGAGGAAUGAGGAGAUUAAACUCUGCAGUUCUAUUGAACAGAAUGAGUGGUUGUCUGCAGGCAACAUUGUGGCUGUCAAGUUCACACCAGCUGCUAACGGCCACGGCAUCGCAUAUACGUACGAAGCCUUUCCGCAGAACAAGAGUAUCUCAGCAUGUAAUCAGAUUUUCACGUCUGCUGUCGGAGAAAUAUCGUCUGUGAAAUAUCCAGCAGGGGCUAAACAUGCAGACGACACCUGUGAGAUUUUCAUCGCCGGAACGCCAGGCAAGAGCAUUGAAAUGACAUUCCAUCAGUUCGGAAUGAAAGCUGAAGGAAAUGAGUCAUGUUUACGCAUUAAAGAUAUAGAUGCUGAUGACGAAGACGUAUUCUGUGGUGAAUUGUCUCCCUUCAUUUGGGAAUCACGUGGUUCAAACGUCAGACUGGUGUAUGAACAGAGCUUCGGAAACAAGGGGUUUGACGCUUCGUACACAGUGAAAGACUUGUGAAUAUAAAAUGGACUGAAUUGUGAAAACAAUUUUAUUGUGAAAAUAUUGCCAUGGUUCAUUUAAUUAUCAAUUUGGAUAUUGCUUACUUUAUUGUGCAUUACUUCAAGAUUGUCAUAGUUUCAAGUUUCAUGUGUGUGGACUAAUUUGAUAACCUUUCCUACCCUUGAAUAGAUUAGGCCAUUCUUACAUACUUGCAUUGUUAGCCAUUUAAUCAUAAAGUGUCUCUUAGACUUCCAGUGAUCCCUAUCCACCGAGCCAAUAAUACAUCUUUUUUCUUUGACGUGGACAUACAAAGAUCUCCUCAUCAUACCUUUGGUAGUGCUUGUCAUGUUUAGUUUGCAAAAUGAAUUGCUGCAUCAGAAUUAAAGCGUAAGAAAUA